AUGCCAGCACCACCAUAUGGCUUUGGCCAUCAACAUGUGAUCUUCACACCGCAUGGAUCCUUUGCCUACAACCAAGUCUUAGCCACGAUGCACUGCAUUUGUGCCCUGACCUUUUGCUUGAUUUGGCGACGAGGAGAUGCCCCGAUCUUACUCUCUGAGCUUCAGAUCUAUCUGAUGACCGGAUGGUCCUUUUGGCUGUUGGGAGCCGCCUACUCGUUGGUGGUCUUGCGAGGAUUGUCCAUGGCAGUCCAGAUUGUCGUGGCCUCCUUCCAGGGUGCCAGCUGCGCCUGUAUCGAGUUUGCCUUUACCUACCUGCUCCAGUGCCGGCUUUCCUUGCUGGAAAGAGGCUUCGGCUCUCCUAUGGGUUCACAGGUGGCCUGGCGGAUCCGGCUCUUCACCAUGGUGUGCCAACUGAGCUUGGUGGUCAUCGGCGCGCAAGGGGAGGCGAUCGGAUCCCAAAAGGCGCGGAAGGUGAAGGACAACCAGGCAAUCGACUGGGCCUAUGCAGCUUUCCAUUUGACUGCGGCCAUUGGUGUCACAAGCAUCUUGUUGGUCUCGGUGCGUGCAUUUUGGUCCGUGACCAAUGCAAUGAGAGAGAUCCCGGUACCAAAGCAAAGCUUCGCCAAGAUGGAGAAGGAGUGGUCCUUGAAUGUCUUCAAGCGGAUGACACUGGCUGUUGUAGUUUCGGCUUCAGUAAGUAUCACCGCACACUUGUUUUGUGUCCAUGCCAUCCUUCUAGUCCAUGGGGGUUUUCGAGCCAUUCUGGGCACGGCAUAUCACUUCGCAGACAUCGUGGCCGAAGUGAUGGGGCUCAUUUUCAUUGUGGGAAUCCUGAAGCCUGAGAUGCCGGAUAUCAAGCCGGAAAUCCGAUCCAUGCGUGGGGCGUCGAUGCUGUUUUCCGAGACAUCCUCUAUCCGUGGAAGGGCAAAGCUUCGAAGAGCUCUGAGCAAAAAUGCUCAGAAUGCCAAGGUGCAGGAGCUCGCUCAUUGCAGCAUCGAUCUGGAGAACCUGUUGGAUUUCUAUGAUAAGUUGGGAGGAGAGACCAUGAAGCAUUUCAAUCCUUUCCUGUCGACCACAGCAGAUGUAGUCCGGCAGGCCGUGAUUCCCCUCUCUAGGAUGGAAGGAAUGGAAGGAAGAGGCUUUGCUUACACCGAUGUGCUGGCUGCAAAAGGUAAGCUGAGCCAGCAGAUGCCAGAUUGUAUGGUGACUCACACUUGGUCUGGCCUCUUCCUUCACUUGGUUGCUGCCAUCGUGUCAGAUGCACUAGGGCUGGAUGAAUAUCAUCGGAUAGCAUCAAAGAUGAGCAGUGGCAAACUUAUGCGGGUCAAGCAAAAGCUUGCUGCAAAGGGUGUGCUGCACAACAGAUACUGGAUUUGCUGCUUUUGUGUGAAUCAGCAUGCCAGCAUUUGUAAUGGUGUCGGAGAGGCUCCUUCUGAUCCAGCAGCGCUUGCUCGCUGGGAACGGAACCGCAGAGACACAGUGACAGGUCAACUGUUGAGCCUUUGCGAUUGCAAGGAGCCCAAAGUUUUGAAUGAUCAGCCAGACAAAUGCGAACUGAACAAGUUUCAUUCCAUGAUGCUUUGGCUUCAACAGCAGAAGCCGAACUUCCGGCAGCUUGUUGCGGCAGAUGGCGACUUCAAUGUCUUUGAGCGAGCAUGGUGUGUCGCGGAAUUGGUGGCAGCACAUGAUGCUGACAUCCCACAGCGGAUUUGCCUUUAUUCCAACAGUCCAUUUGACUUCGAUGAAGAAGACCUGUCUGCCUAUGCCAAGUUGGCCAGCAUUUCAGUGGCUAAUAGUGUGGCAACGCGGCAGGAGGACAAGGAGAUGGUCUUGCAACAGAUCUUCUCCGUGAAGGACUUCGACCGAGAGUUGCAGCACUUGAUCUUUGGCAACCGUUUGGUGAAGCAGAAGUCUAUCGGUUACGACUCCUUGGCCCUUGCCGCGCGGACGUCUCGGCGGCUUCAAGCGGUAUGGGACCAGGUCAGAGGUGGCGACGUGAAGCUUGCCGCGGGGUUACUGUAA